CCAUAGACAGUAACAGAGAUCGGAAGCAUAAACAGCGGCAAAGAUGGCGCAGCCUACAGAGGGUAUGACCAACUUCGCCGAGAUCAUGAAAGAUGCUGUGACCGAAGAGUUCGGUGAAAAGCACUUGAAUUCUUUAACAAGUUUGACUACGGCUCUACGUACCCCGGACUUCAGGGCUGAUGUUAAAGAGGAUGUCUUUAAGGGACUCAAAACGGUGCUCGAAAAGUCAUUCACUGCUAUUAAGAGACUGGAUAAAGAAGCUGCGGAGAUAUCAAUGAGCCUUCAGAUGGCUACAGAAUGUUUUAGAAGUUUAAGAAAUGCAUGCAUCCAGUGUUUCAACAACCAGUGUCGACUGAGGGAACUGGGUUUCAUUGACACUACAGUUGGAAUUCUCAGUGUAUUGCAUAAACGUCAGUACAAACAACCUGACCACCUUUCUGAUGCUUUGCGCUGUGGGAUCCAGUUUCUUGGUAAUUUAGCCGUACAGAACCAGAAGUGCCAAGAUGACAUCUGGGAACAUGGUUUUCCUCAACUCUUUUUGGGUCUACUGGGCGCAAGUGAUGAAAAAGCGAUAGCAUAUACUUGUAUGGCUCUUCAUACCUGCUUGAAUGAGCAGAAGGUGGAGCAGCUAACAAAACAGCAGGACUCCUUUGCGGUCGCCCUGAAGGUGAUGGAGCUCUGUAGGACCCAGCCGGAGCUAGACUGGACGAUUCUGAUUGUUACAGAGCACUUCCUUAAGUCCCAGAAGCUCAUUGAGAAGAUGUAUACUGCAAUGAGCCCUCAUGAUCGGCUGACCCUCCUGGAGCUGAUUUCAGCUCACUUGGGAGAGGGCUGUGAGGAGUCCGAGGAGUGUGGAAUCCUCCCCGCCUCAGGAGAGUUUCUGGCCUUCUGCUUCAAGGACAGUUGCAAAUCAGUUCUGCUGAUCGACUCCGGCUCCCCUGCAGAUGAUGAGGAGGCCAUUAUUGUGAUUCGACUCCUGGAUAUUCUCUGUGAGAUGACCUCAGGCCGGAAAGUGUUCACGUUUCUGCAGGAUUGUAAAGAUCUACUUGAAACUACUCUUGGUAAAUAUAUCGGUGUUAACAUAUUUUCGCCUUUAUUUGCAUGCCAACAUUCCUUAUGUUCUGUGUGAAAUGUAGGAACUCUGUUUUGUUUGGUGAUCUGGACACCCUGGAAGAUGUGUGGGUAAAUUCCCACAUUCUCUUUGAGCAUACGCGCAGUGAAACGUAAUGGGUGGUUCCCUACCAGCAUAACCGAAAUGA